AUGAGUGCUUCGACGAUUCCCUGGUCUGCAUGCGCAGCCAGUUCAAUUUCCUUUCCUACUGUAUUCGGUGCCGAAAUCCUUGGGCUUACGGCCAUUGUCGUACAGAACUACUCGACAGAAGUAUCGAGUCAAUACUAUUACAACAAUCCCUCGAUCUCUGUAAAAGGAAUUGACUACUGCAACAUCACUGUCACUUAUACUCACCCUGGCCAAGAUGACACGAUCAACGUUGAGACCUGGCUCCCAAUGAAUACUUGGAAUGGGAGACUGCAGGCUGUCGGCGGCGGCGGCUGGGGCGCCGGCCGAUUCUUCUUGUCGUACUCGGCCAAGGCGGGCGCUCUUGGACAAGGCUAUGCUGCGACGACCACUGACGCUGGGCUUGGAGAGGACCUUGUACCUGAUGAGUGGGCGCUUAACAGUCCCGGGAACGUGAAUUUGUAUGCCCUUCAAAACUUUGCCUCAGUCUCGCUCAACGAUCAGUCUAUAAUUGCCAAAGAUAUCAUCAAAAGCUUUUACGGGCGGCCAGCAAACUAUUCCUACUGGAGCGGCUGCUCUCAGGGCGGUCGACAGGGCUUUAUGCUUGCCCAGCGCUACCCGGACGCUUACGAUGGCAUUGCUGCGGCAGCUCCAGCUUUCUACUGGGACCGAUUCAUCCCAGCCACCUUGUGGACGCAGGUCAUGAUGGGGAUCAUGGGGCACUUCCCCCCCAAAUGCGAGCUAGACGCGAUCACAGAGGCCGCCGUCGCGGCCUGUGAUCCUCUGGACGGUGUCACUGAUGGCCUCAUUAGCGACCUUGAUGCGUGCUCUUUCAACCCCUUUUCCAUGGUUGACAAAGCGAUCGACUGCACUACCACCAGUGAAGUGGUCACUAUCAGUGACGCAUCUGCUCAAAUAGUCAACCUUACCUGGACUGGACCCCGCAAAGCUAACGGGGAUUUUCUUUGGCACGGUGUCGACUACCAAGCCCGCCUGACCAGUUCAGGCGGCGAGGCUGUCACAGCCGCUGAUCUAGGCUACGCAUCGACGAGCUGCAGCUCAAAUGGGACAUGCGUUGGAGUUCCCCUUGGGCUUGGUGAUCUCUGGUUGAAAUUCUUCGUCCAAAAGAACCCGGACUGGAAUUACACUGUGAUUGAGUCUGUGAAUGAAUUCGCACGGGUGUUCCAGGCUUCUGCUCAACAGUAUGAUUCCCUCAUCGGCACUUCCGAUGCCGACCUCUCGGAGUAUCGUGAUUCUGGUGGGAAACUCAUCACUUACCACGGACUGGCUGAUGGUAUCAUACCAGUAAGAGGCACUAGAGAAUACUACAGAAGAGCUGUGGAACGGACUCCAAACAUCAAGGAUUUCUUCCGCUACUUUGAAGUUCCGGGACUAGGCCAUUGCUCAGGUGGAGUGGGAGGACAGCCGACAGCGACAUUCCAGGCACUGGUCGAUUGGGUUGAGAAUGGGAUUGCCCCAGAGACACUUCCUAUUUCAUUCAACGAUACAGAUGGGACACAAUAUGAUAGGAUUUUGUGCCCUUACCCCGAGAGGGCCCAGCUUAUUUCUGGCUCUUUGGACGUCACCAAAUCCGAGUCCUACCGUUGUGGGGCGUCAAGACUUGAUUUUGUCGGUGGAAGGCAGUCUGUUCUCGUCUGA